AUGGUAUGUAGAAAUAAAAGUUUGCCUUCUGAAGGUUAUAGGUGGAGGAGUCAUAGAAAAAUUAUAACGCCAGCAUUCCAUUUUAAAAUAUUAGAGAGCUUUAUUGAUGUAUUUGAAAAGAACUGUAGCAUUCUUAUUAAAAAAUUUGAACAAGAAGUCGGGAAAAAUUCUUUUGACGUAUAUCCUUACGUUACAUUAUUGGCACUUGAUAUAAUCUGUGAAACAGCAUUAGGAACUGAAGUAUACGCACAAACAAACGCUCAUUCCGAAUAUGUAGAAAGUGUAAAGGAUAUGUGCAGGAUAAUAAUGGAAAGGACAUUUAAUCCAUUCUUGCAAAACGACUUUAUUUAUAAACUGAGUAGCAUUUACAGGCGCGAGAAGAAGGCAUUAAAAAUUUUACACAAUCUGACCUUGUCAGUGCUCCAAACGAAAAGAAAGCGAUUGCUAUCGAACGGUUCACUUGCAAAUCAAGACGAAUGUCUCGGUAUAAAGAAGAAACUUGCGUUUUUAGACUUACUUCUUCAGGCUACCGUCGAUGGAAAACCGUUAUCGGACACUGAUCUAAGGGAGGAGGUUGAUACAUUUAUGUUUGAGGGCCAUGAUACGACUGCCUCAGCAAUUAGCUUUAUUCUCUAUAUGCUGUCCAAACAUAAGGAUGUGCAAGAGAAAAUUAUUCAAGAACUUAAUAUGAUAUACGCGGAUGACACUUCCCGAUCCUGUAACCAUGCAGAUUUAUUGCAAAUGAAAUAUUUAGAGGCAGUUAUAAAGGAAACAUUACGAUUAUAUCCAUCAGUACCCUUAUUUGCAAGACAAGCAACAGAAGAUAUUAUUUAUGAAAAUACACUUAUACCAUGCGGAACACGACUUUCGAUAUUUGCUUUUGGAAUUAUGAGAGAUCCGGAUUUAUUUCCAGAACCAGAAAAAUUCGAUCCAGAUAGAUUUCUAUAUAAGACUCGAAACGUUCAGUUUCCUUACGCUUAUAUACCGUUCAGUGCUGGACCACGAAAUUGCAUAGGACAGAAAUUUGCGAUGUUGGAAAUGAAAGCUACAAUUUCGAAAAUUUUAAGGGUUUACGAGAUCCUCCCCGCUGAGCCAGUUCACGAACUUCUGCUGUCUCCCGAAACAACCUUAAAAUCGGCAAAUGGGAUACACGUAAAAAUAGAGAAAAGGAAGUACGCUCUUGGAACUAAGAUCAACGCUCAAACUAAUAGGCACUCGGAAUAUGUCAAAAGUGUGAAAUUUAUGUGUGAAUUGUUAAUGCUCAGAGUCUUUACACCAUAUUUACACAGUGAAUUCUUAUUUCAAUUCUCCAGUCUUUAUCAAAAAGAAAAAAAGGCAUUAAAAGUUUUACAUUCGAUGACUGAAUCGAUUAUUCAGCAGAGGACAGAUGACUUAAAAACAAAAAGCCCACUGGUCAAUGAUGAAGAUGGUAUCGGAAUCAAAAAGAAGUUGGCAUUCUUAGAUUUACUUUUGAAGUCAAAACUGGAAGGAAGCAAUCUUUCAGACAGGGAAAUACGAGAAGAGGUGGACACAUUUAUGUUUGAGGGUCACGAUACAGUAUCAUCGGCUAUAAGUUUCACUAUACAUUGCCUUUCGAAAAAUCCUCACGUCCAGGAAAAAAUUUUGGAAGAAAUACGAUCAAUUUGUGGUUUCGACAGAAACUAUUCGUUUAGUUAUACCGAUUUGCAAAAUAUGAAAUACCUCGAAGCGACCAUUAAAGAAGGUUUACGUUUAUAUCCUUCGGUUCCCAUAUACGGUAGAACGUUUGCCGAAGAUAUCGAGUUUGAUGGUAUCCUAUAUCCUAAAGGAACGAUUGCGAUAAUUUUUGCAUACGGAAUGGCAAGGGAUGAAAAAAUCUUUUCAGAACCGGAGAAGUUCGAUCCAGAUCGAUUUUUAAAUUAUAACACUACUAAUCAAUAUCCUUACGCAUAUUUACCAUUCAGUGCAGGACCGAGGAAUUGCAUAGGACAGAAAUAUGCAAUGUUGGAAAUUAAAUUUACACUGGCUAAGUUUCUUUUAAACUACGAAGUUUUGCCAGCAAUUCCAGAGCAACAACCAAUAUUGGUGACUGAGGCAACUCUGAAGUCAGCCAACGGCGUAAAUAUUAGGAUAAAACGACGAAAUUUCAUGACAUGAAAAUAAGAAAUGAUAUCUGUGCUUAUAAGAAUAUGAAGAAGAGAGAACUUUUAUCAAUAUAUAUUCUUGUAGUGUUUACCUUAGGCAGGAUCGGACUGACUAGUGUUGAUCCCGGUGGCUAUAGAAGUUUGACACACAAAAUUUAAAAAGAAAUAGUACUCAAUUUAGAUAGGUACGUACAGAUACAUCUAAUUCAAUUCAAUUUAAUUCUUUCACAAAGAUUAAAUAUUAAAAAUUAAUAAAUUAAUAGGGCAAAAAAUUUCUAUUUCAGUAGUUUCCACAAUACUUGAUAGCAGCGAUAUCAUUAGUUAUACGUCUCUUCCUUCUUCAUUGUGUUUUUUAAUUAGGUUAUUAUUUAUAGUUAAUCGUUUUUCAAUGUUUUUGCUUUGGCCCUUAAUUUUAGUUUUGACCUCUAUUUUGGUUUGACCUCUAUUGUCACCUGGCCGCAGUGGCGAUCGCCAUCCGGUCAUGCAAAGCAAUCCGACCCUGACUGGACCAGAUAAUACCGUCAAAUGUGUUAAGUCUACGUGUUUUUCAUUCACUUUGUGUGUUGAUUAAGUGUAAACUAGCAUAAGAAUUGAAUGGAACUUGUAUUGUAAAAAUAAAGUCUUAAACAAU